CUCUCUGAUGAUCCUAUGCGAAGGGAAAGGGUGGGGAGGAGUAAAUUUGGCAAAGGACAAGCCCAGACUUUCGUCACAGGGACAGACCAAAGUGUUAACACAAAGGGAGAGCCCGGGAGCAUCCUGCACUCUGCAUUUCAGCCACAGAUAACAUGGCACCUCCGCGGGCCCGGUCCACGCCCUGACCGCUCAGAGGGUCUCAGCACCUCUGCGCUCGCUCGCAGCCCUUUUCCAGCUGCAGACAUGCUCGGGGGAUCUGGAUCGCAGGGAAGACGCAGCCUGGCCGUGCUCUCCCAAAUUGCCUACCAGCGGAACGACGAUGAUGAGGAAGAGGCCGCCCGGGAACGGCGCCGCCGUGCCCGGCAGGAAAGGCUGCGGCAGAAGCAAGAGGAAGAAUCCUUGGGACAGGUGACUGACCAAGUGGAGGUCAAUACCCAGAACAGUGUGCCCGACGAGGAGGUCAAGACGACCACCCCAGACACUCAGGUGGAGGCCGACGAUGAGGCUGCACUCCUGGAGCGCCUGGCCCGGCGGGAGGAAAGACGCCAGAAACGCCUUCAGGAAGCACUGGAGCGCCAGAAGGAUUCUGACCCAACAAUAGCAGAUGCAAGUUUGUUGCUACCCAGCAGAAGAAUGCAAAACAACGCAGCAGAAAAUGAAAUGGCGGAGAAGGAAGAAAAAAGCGAAAGUCGCCGAGAAAGAUACGAGAUAGAGGAAACAGAAACAGUCACCAAGUCCCACCAGAAGAAUGAGUGGAUGGAUGCUGAAGAGAAAAAGGAAGAAGAAAAAGAAAAGGAGGAUGAAGAAGAAGAGAAGCCAAAGCAAGGGAGCAUUGAAGAAAAUCAGAUCAAAGAUGAGAAGACUAAAAAGGACAAAGAAAGCAAAGAAGUUAAGAGCUUCUUGGAUGGAAAGAAGGGAUUUACAGAAAUGAAGUCGCAGAAUGGAGAAUUCAUGACCCACAAACUUAAACACACUGAGAAUACUUUCAGCCGCCCUGGAGGGAGGGCCAGCGAGGCCAAGGAGGCUGAAGCUGCUUCCCAAGUGGAAGCCGGCAAGCGGCUGGAGGAGCUGCGCCGCCGCCGCGGGGAAACUGAAAGCGAGGAGUUCGAGAAGCUCAAGCAAAAGCAGCAGGAGGCAGCCUUGGAGCUGGAGGAGCUGAAGAAGAAGAGGGAGGAGCGGAGGAAGGUCCUGGAGGAGGAGGAGCAGAGGAGGAGGCAGGAGGAAGCAGAGCGAAAGGUCAGAGAGGAGGAAGAGAAGAGGAGGCUAAAGGAAGAGAUUGAAAGGCGAAGGGCAGAAGCUGCUGAGAAACGCCAAAAGAUGCCAGAAGAUGGCUUAUCAGACGACAAGAAGCCCUUCAAGUGUUUCACUCCUAAAGGGUCAUCUCUCAAGAUAGAAGAGCGAGCAGAAUUUUUGAAUAAGUCUGUGCAGAAAAGCAGUGGUGUUAAAUCAACUCAUCAAGCAGCAGUCGUCUCCAAGAUUGACAGCAGACUGGAGCAAUACACCAGUGCAAUUGAGGGAACAAAAACUGCAAAACCUACGAAGCCAGCAGCCUCGGACCUUCCUGUUCCUGCCGAAGGUGUCCGCAACAUCAAGAGCAUGUGGGAGAAAGGCAAUGUGUUCUCAUCACCCACUGCAUCAGGCACGCCAAAUAAGGAAACAGCUGGCUUAAAGGUGGGGGUCUCCAGCCGCAUCAAUGAAUGGCUAACCAAAACCCCAGAUGGAAACAAGUCACCUGCUCCCAAACCUUCUGAUUUGAGGCCAGGAGACGUAUCUGGCAAGCGGAACCUCUGGGAAAAGCAAUCUGUGGACAAGGUCACUUCCCCCACUAAGCAGGUUUGAGACAGUUCAAGAAAGAACCCAAAGUAGCCGCUCAAGAUGCUGGACCAGCUCAGUUGAAGAGGCCUAAUUUGCUCUGUUUUAUAUUUAUGUUGAUUUACUAAAUUGGGUUCAUUUCCUUUUGUUUUGUUUUUCAUUAUCCCAGUAAACCCAUGUAUAUUAUCACUAUAUUUAAUAAUCACGGUCUAGAGAUGUUCAUGGUAAAAGUAUUGCCUUUGCACAGGAGCCUGUUUCUAAAGAAACCCAUGCUGUGAAAUAGAGACUUUUCUACUGAUCAUCAUAACUCUGUGUCUGAACAGUGAUAUCAACCACAUCGGAAGUCAACAAAAGGAGAUUCAAGUUGAAAAUUGCCUGAGGAAUGUGUGCAGUAUCCAGAAAAAUGAACCAUAGUGUUUUUUUUGUUUUUUUGUUUUUUAAAUACAGAAAUCAUGUUGUUUCUGCACUUUAGAAUAAAGCAUGGAAGAAAUUAUCUUAGUAGGCAAUUAUAACACUUUGUGAAAGUAACCCAUUUCAGAUUUUAGAUACUACAAUAAUGAUUGUCUUUAAAAAAAAAAAAAAGAUGUACUGUUAAGGUAUUACUUUUUUCAUGCUGAUGAAUAUCUAAAUUGGAUUUUGAUGUUAGCUGACAGUGGUACUGAUUUCUUUAGGUUGGUUGCUUUGUGGAUUUCUUUGGUAGUGAUAGUGAACCACAUUUUAGAUGACGUGAUCAUGUAUGUAUGUGCAUACACAUAUACAAACACACUAAUGGUAGAAAGCUUUUUUAUGUGCUAGGCUAUUAUAUUUAGCAGUAUGUCCCUGUAACUAGCCAAUAUCACUGCUUUUUAAAAAUUAAAAAUCACAAUAUUAUAUUAAUAUUUCAUAUUUGCCAAUAGAAACAUGGCAGAAUAGGUAUCGAUAUGUUUCCAAUGCCCAAUAACCUAUAAGAAAGAGAUUAGAAGUGUCAAAAUGAAUUGACAUUUUCUAUAAAGCAUAGUAUUUAGUUUAUAAUUAAAAGCAGUCUUGAAGUCCAGUGUGAAUUGUACUAAAUCUCAAAGCUUGCUCCAAACUUUAUUCUUAAGAAUCAAGUUCACAAUUGGUUGGCUUAGAUGAUGUCUGAGGUCUCUUCCUUCUCUAAAAUUUAAAGACGAGAAUUUUAGUGACAAAGUUGUACAGAUUGGAAUUCCAUGAAUAGGUGUACUACGACCAACUUUGGCUAAUCUCUGGAAGCAGAAAAGUAAGCAAAAGCCAAUAUUUAGGAGUCAUGACAGUACUUCCAUCUUUAACAUACUGAAACAUCUUUUUAGUUAAACUUUUCUACCUUUAUUAGUCAUUGGCACUUGCCAUAAGUUGAUAAUGUGUUGAACUUUCAAAAAAUAUAUGUAAUUUUUAUUAGUUUUACCUUUUUCCCAAAGAGUCUAUCAACUCGUCAUUUGUACACACACAAUCCAGGUAUCAGAUCUUAUUUUAGCUUAUAAGCGUUCAUCUAUUCUUCACAAUAGAUGAUAAAAGAGUACUCCAGUGUCUUGGCAAUAUGUUCUAGCAUAGAGAUAUACAUAUAGUGUAGUUCUAUAAACGUAUACCUCAUGACUUACCAAAAUCGUCUUAGUCUCAAUUCCUACCACAAUGAGGGAGCCUCCCAAAUGACUCUUUUCUAAUCCACAGUGUUCCCCUGGGAGAGCUAGCCAGGAUGGGGCUGGCAUGAGGAGUGACCAGUGCCUUCCAAAGUCCAUUUUCCUCAUAAAUCAGUAGAGUUGUUGAAUCCUCUAGCUUUUAGCACAUCUGGGCCAAAGAAAGUAAAGCCAGCAAUAUUGCACAAGUCACCCAUCCAUGACAGAGUAGACAUGAGUCUAUGAUAAGAUAAACUAGAAUUCACAUGCAGUGCCUGAGUUGGCAUUGACUCCCAGCAUUCGAGUGAAAUGGAUCAAAGUUUGAAUUAAGGCCUAUGGCGAGAUAACAUUUCUUUGUUGUACUUUUGAAUAAGAGCUUCUCCUGAUCACUAUUAUAUAUUUUUUUCUAGAAAGUCUAAAUUUAAGAAGAGAAUAUAUCGAUCAAUCCUGACUUUUAUUCCAAUAUUUGGAUGGAAUAAGUUUUAGGGUAGAAUUUUGUUCAGUUUGGAUUUAAUUUUUUGAAAAAUAAAUUCCUUGUUUACUUGUUUGAUUACAAUUCUCUUUGUUAUCUUUUUAAGAAGUAAAACUGCAAGGUGACUAGCAUGUUCUGUGAAUCUGCCAUUCCUAAAAAUUUUAUAAACACGAUAUUUUUCACUGAUAAUUGAUCGCUGCAAUAAAUAUAUAUUGUGAAAAUGCAUCCACAAUAAAUGGAAUUCCUCCAAA